UAUCGCAGAAUGCAUUAUUGGUGGAAGCGACAGGUAUCAUUCGUUAUUGUUCCACCUCCUUCCAAAAAAAGGAGCAGCAUCUACGUAGUCAUUUUUCUACAAGUCUAGCUUAUGACGCCAUAAUGUCGUUUGUUACAAAGGCAAAAUGUCCGCCCAGCGCGCGUCCUUAUACAAAGCUAGCACCCAAACGCAUCGAAUGCUGUCUCUUAUUAUUUGGGAGCGUCAUCAGAUGUCCAUGAGAAUCAUGUCUAAUCUUAAAGGCGAAACCAAGAAGGAAGCAAAAAUGAGGAUACGCGCUUUCCCUAUGACAAUGGAUGAGAAGUAUGUGGAAAAUAUCUGGGCCCUGCUAAAGAAUGCCAUCCACGAGAUCCAGAGGAAGAACAACAGUGGGCUGAGCUUCGAAGAGCUGUACAGGAAUGCCUACACCAUGGUGCUCCACAAGCAUGGGGAGAAGCUCUAUACAGGCCUAAGGGAGGUUGUCACAGAGCAUCUCAUCAACAAAGUACGACAAGAUGUCCUCAAAUGUCUAAAUAACAAAUGUCUGCAAAUACUAAAUCAAGAAUGGAAUGACCAUCAAACUGCCACCAUCAUGAUUAGAGACAUCCUCAUGUACAUGGACCGAGUUUAUGUUCAGCAAAACAAUGUGGAGAAUGUGUACAACCUCAGCGUCAUCGUAUUCAGAGACCAGGUGGUUCACUACAGCUGCAUUCGAGAACACCUAUGGCAGACGCUACUGGACAUGAUUAAACGAGAGAGGAGGGGAGAAGUUGUGGACAGGGGAUCCAUCAGAAACACCUGCCAGAUGCUGAUGAUUCUCGGCCUUGACAGCAGGAUUGUGUAUGAGGAAGACUUUGAGCGUCCAUUCUUAGAAAUGUCAGCCGAAUUCUACCAGAUGGAAAGCCAAAGGUUUCUCACAGAAAACAGCACCAGCAUCUACAUCAAGAAGGUGGAGGCCAGAAUCAACGAGGAGAUCGAGCGGGUCAAACAUUGCUUAGACAAGUCAACGGAGGAGUCAAUUGUCAAGGUGGUUGAAAGGGAGCUGAUAACUAAACAUAUGAAAACCAUAGUGGAGAUGGAGAACUCCGGCAUGGUCCACAUGCUCCACAAUGGCAUAACAGAAGGUAGAGUAACCUUGGAAUUUGUCCUACGUAAACUAUUUCACUUAUUUGUGUUCUCCUUGCUUCUGCCCACAGACCUUUUGUGCAUGUACAAGCUGUUCAGCCGUGUACCAAAUGGCCUAAAAACAAUGUGUGAUUGUAUGAGCUUGUACUUGAGAGAGCAGGGCAGGGCUCUAGUAUCAGAGGAAGGAGAGGGCAAAAACCCAGUCGACUAUAUACAGGGCCUGCUAAACCUGAAGACGGUGUUUGACCAUUUCCUGCACAAGUCUUUUAACAAUGACAAACUAUUCAAACAAACCAUAGCAGGAGACUUUGAGUAUUUCCUCAAUCUCAACUCCCGCUCACCAGAGUACCUAUCACUUUUCAUCGACGAUAAGCUCAAGAAAGGAGUACGAGGGUUGACAGAACAGGAGGUGGAGUUGAUUCUGGACAAGACCAUGGUGUUGUUCAGGUUUCUGCAAGAGAAAGAUGUUUUUGAAAGGUACUACAAGCAGCAUCUGGGCCGCAGACUGCUGAGCAACAAGAGCGUCUCGGACGAUUUAGAGAAGAGCAUGAUCUCCAAGCUCAAAACAGAAUGUGGCUGUCAGUUCACCUCAAAGCUAGAAGGGAUGUUUCGAGAUAUGACCAUCUCCAACACCACCAUGGAUGAGUUCAGACGACACGUACACGUCACGUCGGCCUCUCUAUGUGGCGUGGACUUGACCGUCCGAGUCCUCACUACCGGUUACUGGCCCACGCAGUCAGCAACACCCAGAUGCACCAUCCCUCUUUCCCCUCAGCACGCUUUUGAGGUCUUCAAAAGGUUUUACCUCGCCAAACACAGUGGUAGACAGCUCACGCUGCAACAUCACAUGGGUGGGGCAGAUCUAAUUGCGACUUUCUACGGCGCUUUGAAAAAAGAUGAUGGUUGUGAAGCGAGCGUGGGAGGUGCCCAAAUGAGCGGUUCAAACUCCCGUAAGACCAUUCUGCAGGUGUCCACAUUCCAGAUGACCAUCCUCAUGCUCUUCAACCACAAAGAAUGCUUCUCGUUUGAGGAGAUCCACAAUGAGACAGAUAUUCCCAGAUGGGAGUUAGUGCGAGCAUUGCAGUCUCUAGCCUGCGGGAAGCCCACGCAGAGAGUUCUCACCAAAGAGCCAAAGUCCAAGGAGAUUGAAAACGGACAUGUGUUUACAGUCAAUGACCAGUUUACUGCCAAAGUGCACAGAGUCAAAAUACAGACAGUCGCUGCUAAACAAGGUGAAUCUGACCCAGAGAGGAAAGAGACACAGCAGAAAGUUGAUGACGACAGGAAGGUUAUGAUUGAGGCAGCCAUAGUGCGCAUUAUGAAGUCCAGGAAGAAGAUACAGCACAACGUCCUGGUGGCCGAGGUGACUCAGCAGCUGCAGGCACGCUUCCUCCCCAGCCCCGUGGUCAUCAAAAAGCGCAUAGAGGGACUUAUAGAGAGGGAAUACUUGGCAAGGACUCCAGAAGACCGUAAUAUGUACACCUACAUCGCAUAGAUGGGGUUGUGUAGACGGAGGACGGACUGUGUUCUUUUCUCGGGCCUUACAACUACAAUGUACUAAAAUGGAAGAGAUAUAUACAGAGAAAAUCACAUACUCAGAACCAGUAUUACUCAAGGAAGCCACGUUCGUUCUUCUACCCCGAGAGAUCAGACUGACCAAUCCUUUGUGAAAAAUGUGAAUCUGCACCUUAUUUUUUGUUGUUUGGAUGCUGUAAAAUAAUUUAUUUUAGAAUGUAGAGUGUUAUACAACAAAAAUAAACCGAGGUAAUGCUCAAAUGUGUGUAAUUUAAAUAUGCUGAAACCAAUUUCAUUUUAUAUAAUUACAUUUCUACAUUUAAUUUUAUU